AGAGGAGACGGAGAGUGGGUCAGCAGGCAGUGUCGUCAGGUACUUUCGGUGCCCAGCGACAGUGCCAGUAGCAGUACUCAAGACCCUCGUUAAAACCAAGUACCGUGUACCUGAUCCCCCAGGGUUGAAUUACUUUACGGAGACGACAGAUUAAUAGACACCUGGACGUUAAUGGAGGUGGCUUAUAUUUACAUGUGGAAGAGGGAGUCGCCCAUGGAGCUGAAUUUCCAGGUGGUUGCCACGAGGAAGGUGAAGAAGCGGCGGCAGCAGCCUGAGGUCCUUACCACACAGGAGGAGAUUGAAAGCCCCGACGACAACAAGAACCAAGCUGCUGCACCUGUAGACGAGUGCCCGGAGCCUCCUGAUAAGGUAGCCAAGAUCGAGACCACCUGUGACGACACCUCCACCGUCAUACUACCUGACGACCAGCCACCCCUGGAUAGCCACCCACCCACGCCGCCCGAGACUCCUGAAGGUGGACGAGGUCGGGAAGGAGAACAGUUCCAGAUUGAGGAGAAUGCCGUCACGGAGCUGGAUAUCCAACAGGGCGACGACGACGGCGGUGAAGGUGUAGUGGAGAACCAGGAGGUGGCAGAUACUGUACAGGAGCAGCAGGAGGAGGAGUCUCACGGUCUAGAGGAAGAACAGCAGGAGGACAUACAGGAAGAGGCGCACCAUGAUGACAAUCCUGAAGGGCUGGAGGAGGAGGAGGAGGAGGAACAACUGGAUAAAGAGGAGGAAGACGUGAGGGAAGACCAUGAACAGAUGGAGGCGGCUGAGGACUUUGAUGCCUCGAAAGAAUCCAAUGACCUCGUGGUCGACCAUGACUCAGAAACACCUCUCGAGGUCGACACCAGCCACGAAACGGAACCAGAGGCUGAUGGUGAACCGGACGGUGAUGGUGAACCAGCGGUGGAUAACGAGGGUGAACCAGAGGGCGAGAGCUCUGGUAACAUUGGCACUGAAGGAGAGACGGACGCGGGGAAGGACUGCGGGGAGGACGAGCAGGAGGACAGCGCCAUCGACGUGACAGAGACGAGUGCCAGCGAGCCUCUAGACAGCGACGAUAAGGACACGGACCUCAACGUGAGUACAGAGUCAGCAGAGAUGGACCACGAGUCCACCACCGAGAGGACCUCCUUCAGCAAGCAGGUCCAGACUGAUGAGGGACCCAUCAACCUCAGUUACAGUUACAAAGGUGAUAAGAAAAUAUUCCGUAAAGAUUGUUAUGUGUUCACCGAUAACGAGGAGGAUGAAGAUGAUAGUGGUGAACAGGAGGAAGAACGUGAUGAGGUGGGCGCCUUGGACCUCUCCCGCCAUGCUCGUAGUGUGAGGGAGGCGAGAACACAGCGUGAGAGCCUCGACUCCCCGCCCUCCAGCAACGGUCAAGCUACGGACAAAGCGGGGAACAGGGCGGCUCGUGGACAAGGUACUCAAACAAUUCUCUCUAUUACUCAGAGCAAGAAGUCAAAAAAGCUCAAACACCAGUCGUCCACCACCACAGGCUCCACCACGUCCACGGCUCAGUCGUCGCCCACCGUCGCUCAGAUCAAUCGACCAACACUCCCGCUGGACUGGGCUCGUUCCUCCCUGGUGCCCACACCAGUCACCCCACAAGCCGUUGCUUUUAGCGAUCUCAUGACCUUGUCUCAUGCAGCCGUUCAGCUGCAGUUGGCCAUGGCGCAUGCACAGGCACAGGCACAAGCCCAGGCUCAAGCCCAAGCCCAGGCCCAAGCAGAGGCCCAAGCAAGAGCACAAGCACAGGUACUGAAGAGCCUGAAGGUGAGCGAAUCUCUGAGUUUUGUGAACGGGUCCGGUGACACACUCACCAUCAGCCCCAUCACCACAACGAUAGAUGGCAAGGCUAACAAGAACACGGUGUCCAAGUCCGUGAGUAAGAGUCACCACGGCUCCAAGACGGUCAAUGGCAACUCCUUCAGUAAAAGCUUCAACACAAAGUCUCACAACAGUCACAAGUCAGCAGGCAGCGUGGUCAGCAGUAGAAGCAGCGGCAAUAAUCACGGUAGUAUCAGAACCACCAUCCCCAAAUCGGCUCUGGCAGCCUCCCUAAAAAUACCGACAGUGUCUGUUAGUUCCAAGACCAACGGCACCACCUCCCCCUCCAACACCAGACCCGACAGAGACCACACGGAGAGGACAGGUGACCCCGUCUUCAAGAUAACAAACCAAAAGUUGGCCGAGUUUGUACGACGACAACACCAACAACAAAAACUAAAACAGAAUAAUAACUUUAAGUCAAACACGACCAACACGGUGACGACCACCAGCAACACCACCAACAGCAGCAGCAUCAGUACCUCCACCUCCUCCAAGUCCUCUCACAUUAUCAACUCCAACUUUAAAGUCAGUUCCAGUUCGAGUGUGUCAACAAGCCUCAGCAGCUCUGUGUCGUCUGGCAGGACGUCGUGCAGCACCAGCCAGAGCAUCAGGGCGACCAACACCAGCGUGCGUCAGAUCCCUAACCCUUCACUACUCAGACAACAGUCAGAGUCAAGAAUAACCAGCGGGCUCACCGGUCUGGGCAUAACCCCGAGAAAACCUUCAGAGUCCAUCAGCAGGAUCGAGAGUUUAACGAGAUCAUUGCAUGAAAAGGUGGCGGCUUCCUCCCUGGCGGCCACCAUCAACUCCGCCGCCAGAUAAACGUCACCCGUACACUGUUUCUGGCACCGACUGAGGCAGAAGUGUUCACUUGUUAAUUAGAUAAAUAAAUUUAUAGCAGAACAGGCAAGUUAGUUACAGUAAGACUAGCAAUGAGGAGUAAUUCAAUACAUAAGAGAAUUGGUGCUAGAAAUGCGACCUCGUUAUAAGAAGUAAUUCUACUGUACAAAUUGGUGGUAAUGUACAUAAAAAAGUACCACUGUCAAAAAGUAGUAUUAGCAGAGGUAAUACAACACACUAUGUGUGACCCGUGGUGUGUGGCCACAGUCCCACAGCCUCUGUGAUGGAACUGUACAGUGACGACUCACACACCACCAAGUGUUGCUGCACACAAGAGCAGCCAACUGUCACGCCAGUAAGUGAGCUGACAGACAGACAGACAGUGUGGCCGGCGACGGUAUUAAGGACGUCUGGAACGACUUAAAAAGAUUUACAAAACUUUUGUGUUCCAGAGAGAGAGAGAGAAAAACCUUCUUUAUUCUUAAUAUAUUAGAUCUGAUAAUUAUGUGUGGGGCUGAUCCACGUUACAAAAGGGUGAUAUAGUAUUUAGAUGUAGUAACUUAAGGGUAAAUUUCGGCUUAUAAUUGGCUUUAAUUCGAACUUUGGGUGGUAGCGUGCAACCCUGAACCUUGUAGACGACGCCUCAGUUGUGCUGCUUCCGCUGUCUUGGUUAACAGGUACUGUACUGUACUGUACUGUACUGUACUGUACCUUCCUUUUAUAUUAUAAUGUCGAGCAAAAAUUGUACAGGGUGUUUACAAAGUCCCUUGAUAAAAAUGCACAGGGUGUUUAUAAAGUCCCUUGAUGGUUAUAUUUGCAGAGUUCCUCAAGUAAUAUACACGUAUAAAACAUGGGUACCUGCUCCACCACCUACAGUACACACACCUGUAUGUAUUAUCCACUACUGUAGGUGCGUGAUACAGUUGACGUUACAGUUAUGAAUACAACGGAGUACCUGCCCAUGUUUUGGUUGUGUACACGACUCUGUAAACACAAACAUUAAGUGACUUUGUAAACAUCUGGUACAUGAGGUCCCGGUCACCAAGACAUCAUCUUAGGCCGCCAAACUUAAACUCAUCACAAUUCACAAUAUUAAACACAAAAAAAUAUUAGGAAUACAAGCGAUAAUUCUUUCAUAACAAGUUAAAGAAUUAUGAGUAAUGUUUCUGUUGCAUGUAUGUAUGUAUGUAUGUAUGUAUGUAUGUAUGUAUAUGUAUGUAGUGGUGACCGUAGGACCUUCAUCACCAAUAUUUGCUUCACUAAACACUCUAAUUAUUUGCUCUAAAUUUCACCACCACAGUUCCAUCGUUUAGUUUCUCAUCAUUGGUUCUGUGUCAAGUAGAUGGUAGUAAUUUUUUAUUAGUGAUUUAUAUACUAUAUAAAAUCUUGUUAAAGUGUAUUCAUGUUGUUAUGCGGGCCAGCGCCUACACCCCAGAUGACCAAAGAGCUCUGCCGAUGCUGCUUCUCCCGAUGUGUUUUAUAUGUGUGUAUAUAAUUAUGGUAUACAGAGUAGUAUAGAAUUCCUUGUGUGUCUCUUGUAACCACGAUUGUGUUUGCAUAUAUCUUUAUCUCCUUCUUUCUUCCUUAUCUUAUCUCCGUACAUGUACUAUUAGCACAUUGUUAUCACGGGCAGGACACCCCCCCCAACCCUGCUUCACCCCUCUAGUACAUGUACUCAACUUAAAAGGAAAACAUUUAUUUCUUCUUAAGCAACAAUUAUCUAUUAAUGUUUACCUGUAAAACAUCGCCACCAACUUUAUUCUUUUUUCUAAAUAUAUAGUUAUUUGUGGUCAAUGUUCGUCUCUUAUACUGUUGUGUUAGAUCCUCCCGCGAGAACUGUACUCUACACAAGUUAUUAUUGAUGGUGUGGCCACAAACAGAUGGUAGUUAAGACUCUCGGUGUUGCCCUCAUUACUCGCCUUACUCAAGGGACAAUAAUGAUGGUUAACAACCCAGAUAUAUUCACAACACAUUAUAUUUUCACCGUGGAUGACUAUAUCACCAUGUAACAUGAGACGUACAGUAGUGGUGCUCAGAGCCACCUUAAGGGUACAGUACAGGUUGACCUCAUCCUCCAGUGUAACGAUGGUUAACAGGUCAAAUGAACCCCAGUCCUACUGGGCUCCAAGCGUAACCUAACCUUUAGGAUAGGGAUCUAUUAGGAGAGGGGCCCACUAGAACUGGGCCCCUGCUCUAAUUGUUAGUUAGGUUGGGGCCAAGUAGGACUGGGAUGUAUUAAAACUGGGGGCCCAGGUGACCAGCCACCCCAUCACUACCCUCCUCUUACCUCACCUCUCCUCCACCUGUUCCUCUCACCUGUGUUAAGGAUCAUUCUUGGUUAUAAUAAGUUCCUGAGAAAAUAAUAAUUUUGCUUUACAGUUGUAAAUUAUCACUGCACAUUAUUGUUGUAUCCAAUAGGAUAAUUUUAUUAUUUAUGUCAAAUUUGUGUGCCAUGAAAACAUUGUUUCGACUAUUUGAUAGAAUGACUGACUGUACUGUUUGGUGUGAAUCCUUGACCUGUUAUAUACAAAGUGUCAGAGGGCAUUAUGUGUCAUGCUUAUGAUGUAAUGUUUACACACACACACACACACACACACACACACACACAACUUGAGAGACUCCUAUAACGUGUCGAUACAAGAGGUAUACAAAGCCUCAACUUAUUACGUGUAUAGUGAAGGACAACGGUAAUUAGUCCUGUGUAAAGGUGUGUCUUCAACCCUCACCUGCCGUGUGAAGUAACCACACAUGAUCAGUAUGCAACUAAACUCAGUUAGGAUUCCCAAUAUGGAUGUAUAAGUGUGUGUAUGAAUGUGUAAGUGUGUGUAUGAAUGUGUAAGUGUACUGUACAUAACCUGGACUAAGAGAAUGUGUUUACCUUAUUGUGUUACCUGUGCUUCUACCUUAAUUAUUCCCGCAGUGAAUGUGCAGUGUGAGUGUAGCCUGCCUGUGUAGGGGUGUAACCUAUGGUGUAGACACAAGGGUGAAGCACAGUAUCAUGGUGUAGAUGAAGACAAGAUUACGUGAUGACCAUGAUGGAAGUUAAUGAGGCAGUAACAUCCACUCGUGUACAUCUGUGACCAAAAAUACCUUUACACUUGGCAUUAUCUGGCAUCUGUAGUGAGUUAAAUACGUCGCUCAUUUAUACCUGUUGAUUAAUACCUUGAUUAAUACCUGGUGAUUAAUUAAUACCUGGUGAACGGUAUGUUUCAUUAUACAUCCGAACAUAACCCCCCAAAGAAACUAACCCAACCUAACCUAACCUAAC